AUGACUUCCAAAUACACCCUCCCCGACCUCCCCUACGACUACGAUGCCCUCGAACCCAUCAUCUCCAAACAAAUCAUGGAACUCCACCACAAAAAGCACCACCAAACCUACGUGAACAACCUCAACGCCGCCCUCGCCUCUCAAGCCUCCGCUCUCGACAGCAACGACAUCACCCAGCUCAUCAGCAUCCAGCAGAAGCUCAAGUUCAACGGCGGCGGCCACAUCAACCACUCGCUGUUCUGGAAGAACUUGGCUCGCUACGACUCCCCAGCCACUAAGCUGGAGCAAUCCGCCCCGACCCUCAAAGACGCUAUUGAGAAGCAGUGGGGAUCAGUCAAGAACUUCACAGAUGCGUUUGAGGCGGUACUGUUGGGAAUCCAGGGCAGUGGAUGGGGCUGGCUGGUGAGUUCGGGGAAGAAGGGAUUCCUCGAGAUUGUCACGACGAAGGAUCAGGAUCCAGUGACGGGGCCGAUUCCGGUGUUUGGGGUGGAUAUGUGGGAGCAUGCUUAUUAUUUGCAGUACCUGAACAAUAAGGCUUCCUAUGUGCAGAACAUCUGGAAGGUGAUUAACUGGGAAGAAGCAGAGCAUCGGUAUCUGAAUGGUACGGACGAAUUGGGCUCGUUGAAGUUGUAG